AUGUGGGGCUACUAUGACUAGAAUUAUAUUGCGCAACGGAAUGAAGACAUUAACAUGCAUCAAAGAUCUUGGAAUGGCCUAGUUACUGCCCACAACAUACCUACAUCUACAUGUACUAUAAGUCUUACUUAACCCCCCCGAAACAGGCCACUGUAUUAUAGAUAAAGUGCAACCAUGCGCCAGCUCGACGUUACUGGCAAACUUGCAUUUUCGUCUAUAUAGAUAUCUAGUAGGUAGAAUCCUGAGGUGACGAAGCUCAUUGUGCAUCCGCUGUCGGCAUAGGCAGAUCUCGGCUCCAUUCCCUCGGCCCGCAGCUAUUGUGACCGAGCAGACUCACAAUAACGCUCAUCAUGGCGCCAACAAUGACACUGCGCUCUCUGUUCACUUACGCGAACCACUUUGUUUCGCAAAUUCCGCUUCUCAAUGGCAUCCCUAGCAGCAUCCCUACCUCCCUCAUCCCUUCGAUAUUCAACCCAGAAACAUUUCCGGAUGAAACUGGCCAUGACGAACCACCCACUUUCAGCGGCAUAACGCCGUACGAUCCUCUCAGCGGUUCCCCGAGCUGCCCGCUCGACGGGCCUGUGAGCUGCAAUAACCAGUCGGCCGCUGACUCAUGUUGCUUCAUCUAUCCUGGUGGCCGAUUAUUGCUCACCCAAUUCUGGGAUGAGGAAAUACAUGUUGCUGGAGGCGAAGAGGACUGGACUCUUCAUGGGCUUUGGCCCGAUCUUUGCGAUGGCUCUUAUGACCAAUAUUGUGGGAUGACGCCUAGAUUCAACAACAUCACAGCUGUGCUGGAACAUUAUGACCAGGGAGAGCUUAUCGAUUUCAUGAACCGAUACUGGGUUGCAAGCUACGGUACCAACGAGCAUCUCUGGGCGCAUGAAUACAACAAGCACGGGACUUGCAUAAACACACUCGCACCAUCCUGCUACGGGGAUUUAUACAAGCCAGGCUUAGAAGUAGUUGACUAUUUCGUCCGUGCAUUUGGACUCUUCCGGACGCUGGACACAUACUAUGCGCUCCAACGAUUUGGCAUAACACCAGACUCCUCGAAAACAUACGCGCUAGCCGAUAUUGAAGCCGCCCUUGAGGAAUACAGCGGCAGCCGUGUCAUUCUCAAGUGCUCGCGAAGCGGCGUGCUACACGAGGCCUGGUAUGUGUGGUUUGUGAAGGGUAGUCUGCAAAGCGGCGAGUUCGUCCCAGCGAGAGAUAGCUUCAGAGGCGAUCGUACCACUUGUCCGGCUCAGGUUCGGUAUUUACCCAAGAGGAGGAAGGGAUACUGAUGCUAGUAUCCAAGCACAAGCAUAGACAUGCAAUAGAGGUUUUUUUAAGUGCAGCAUUUAGCACCAUACUCUGAGAUUGCGAGUGGGCUAGGUAGAUGAUUGUAUCGUGCGAAUCUCAUGUGUGCACAUGUAUCUCGGCCAGGUCAAACUUAACAUCACAUCACGCUCCUUUCCAGAGUUUCUUACAAAAAUAAACAGGCUAUAAUUAUAUUAUACACACGCAAAUAUCCCAGAAGACUCUCUCCGAAGCUUGCUGUCUAGCAAGAGUUCUCAAGACUAUUUGUAAGUCUUAGACGCCUAAACUACCUAAGAUAUACGUGAGUUUACAUGCCUGUGGCACUACCAACCAGAGCCGCCCGGGUUGCUUGGGGGCCUGCGUAGGUGCUCAAGAGCAUUACGCAAGCGCCGGUUCUAUUUCGUAUGCACGCCUUCGUCUAAAAUCUUGAACUCUGUGUGAAGAGCUACUAAAUACCUACCUACCUAUCUAUCUCUAUCAAAGCUAUUCU